CUCCGAUUUUCCCUCAUUUCUCACCCUCACAGACGUAAUAUCAGGGUAUUUUACAUCAGAUGGCAUCGUAAGGUCUUCUUUAACAAAACAGUGGUGGAUGUAGGGAGUCGGUUGAUAGAGAGUAAAAUCAGGUCACCAUUGGGUGCAUUGUGAGCAGUCGUGGAAAGCUGACUCUACCAGAGGACUCCUCCUCUCCCAAAACCCCCAGGAGAACCUCGUACAACAGCAUCAAGAAUACAGAGCUUGGUAGAUCAGCAGACAUUGGGCGAAUUGCGAGCAAGCACGUUAAGGUGGCGGUGACCGAGAGGCCAUCGUCCCGCAGCAAGGGAGAGCCCAACAACAACCGCAACAACACAGGUGGUAUGGCGGAGACUGACUCCACACCGGACAUGUUAGUGAGCGGCGACUCCAACCCCAACUCCACCGAGGGUCCCCCCGAGAAGCGACCGUGUAACGAAGUGGAACACAUGGACACCGACACACCGCCGCCGCCCGCACCGAAGAGCGAAUCUCCGCCAACACCUAAAGCAGCCGGAGACAUGGAGUCUGAACGGAGCACCAACACAACCAACAUUAACGGUGAGGUGCUGGUGGAAGAACUGAUGGAGGAGGAGGAUGAGUCUCGUGCAGAAGCGACCUUCCGAUUCACCGUCGAGAACUUCAGCAAGGUGAAGGAGACCCAGCUCAGCCCCCCAGUCUUCAUCCGGAACCUUCCCUGGAAGAUCAUGGCCAUGCCCCGACAUAACCCCAACGCCGAGCGGCCGAACAACAAGAGCCUGGGAUUCUUCCUGCAGUGUAACGCCGACUCCGACAGCUCAUGGUCAUGCAGUGCGUCUGCGGAGCUGCGUCUCAUCCCGCAGAAGGAAGGCGUGGAGACGUUCAACCGCAAGAUCCAGCACAUCUUCUACAGCAAGGAGAACGACUGGGGCUUCGCGCACUUCAUGCCGUGGCACGAGGUCGGCGACGCGCAGAAGGGCUUCAUCAGGGACGACCGGAUCGUUCUCGAGGUGUACGUGAACGCGGACGCGCCGCACGGCGUCGCCUGGGACUCCAAGAAGCACACGGGGUACGUCGGGCUGAAGAACCAGGGCGCCACCUGCUACAUGAACUCCCUGUUACAGACCCUGUUCUUCACCAACCAGCUGCGCAAGGCCGUGUACCAGAUGCCCACCGAGAGCGACGACCAGUCCAAGAGCGUGGCGCUCGCGCUGCAGAGGAUAUUCUACGAGCUCCAGCACAACGACAAGCCGGUCGGCACCAAGAAGCUCACCAAGUCGUUCGGCUGGGAGACGCUGGACUCCUUCAUGCAGCACGACGUACAGGAACUGUGCCGCGUCCUGCUGGACAACAUGGAGAGCAAGAUGCGUGGGACGUGCGUCGAGGGGACCAUCCCGCGGCUCCUGGAGGGAAAAAUGAUCUCCUUCAUCAAGUGCAAGCACAUAGACUACAUGUCGUCGCGCACGGAGCCCUUCUACGACAUUCAGCUCAACAUCAAGGGCAAGAAGAACUUGUACGAGUCAUUCCAGGACUACAUCGCCACGGAAACCAUGGACGGGGAGAACAAGUACGACGCCGGGAAGUUCGGCCUGCAGGAGGCGGAGAAGGGCGUGAUUUUCGAGAGCUUCCCGCCGGUUCUUCAUCUACAUCUCAUGAGGUUCCAGUACGACCCCAGCACGGACACCAACAUCAAGAUCAAUGACCGUUGUGAGUUCCACGAGAGGAUUAACCUGGACAAGUUCGUUCAGGACCCGGACACGAAGGACCCUGCCGUGUACAUCCUGCACGCAGUGCUGGUGCACAGUGGGGACAACCACGGCGGACACUACGUCGUCUAUCUUAACCCUCGCGGCGAUGGAAAGUGGUGUAAGUUUGAUGAUGACGUGGUCUCGCGCUGCACCAAGGCGGAGGCCAUCGACCACAACUUCGGCGGCUUCGACGACGACAUCUCCAUCAGACACUGCACCAACGCAUACAUGCUGGUCUACGUCAGGGAGAGCUGCAAGGAUGAGGUCCUGUGUCCGGUGAACGAAAUCGACAUCCCUGACAACCUGAUCGAGAGACUUGCGGAGGAGAAGAAGUUCGAGCUCCAGCGGCGUAAGGAGCGCAGCGAGGCUCACCUGUACAUGCCCGUGCACGUCGUGACCGAGGACCAGUUCUGCGGCCACCAGGGCAACGACAUGUUCGACAUGGAGCACGUGCACUACAGGACUUUCAAAGUGCUUCGCGAGAUGAAGCUGGGAGCCUUUAUGGAGAUGCUCGCCGGGUCGGUCGGUUACCCGGUCCAGCAGAUCCGCCCGUGGCCCUUCCAGCAGCGCAGCAACUGCACGUUCCGCCCCACCAUGAUUGACAUUGAGAACGACCUUGAGAAGAGCGUGGUGGUGCUCGCGGAGAACGACCCGCCCUGGUACGUGUUCCUGGAGUGCGUGGAGCCGGACUCGGACGUGCGCUGCCUGCCGACCUUCGACAAGGACUCGGAUGUGAUGCUGUUCCUGAAGAUGUACGACCCGAAGCUGAAGAUGAUCUGCUACGCGGGGCACGUCUAUGUCCCGAUCAGCACCAGGGUGGAGGAACUCAUCCCCAUCAUGAACCGUCGGGCGGGCUUCCGCAGCGACACAGACCUCAUCAUGUUCGAGGAGGUGAAGCCGAACCUGGUGGAGAGAAUCCAGGACUACGAACUCCCGCUGGACAAGGCACUGGAUGAACUCAUGGACGGUGACAUCAUCAUCUUUCAGAAGGACGACCCAGAAAAUGACGAGUGUGAACUCCCCACCGCGAAAGACUACUUCAGGGACCUGUACUAUCGUGUGGAGGUGGUGUUCUGUGACAAGACGAUUCCCAGCGAUCCUGGCUUCAAUCUCGUCCUGUCCCAGAGAAUGAACUACUUUCAGGUUGCUAAGUGUGUAGCUCAGGAGCUGAGUACAGACCCGAUGCUGCUGCAGUUCUUUAAGACGCAGGGUUACCGUGACGCGCCCGGCAACCCGCUGCGAUGCACGUACGAGGGCACACUUAAGGACCUCCUCAGCAACCUGAAGCAGCGUGGGCCCAAGAAGCUGUACUACCAGCGGCUCCGCAUCCCCAUUAACGAACUGGAGAACAAGAGACAGUUCAAGUGCAUCUUCGUCAAUAGCAAGUUGAAAGAGGAUCGUGAGAUGGUUCUGUACCCCAGUAAAAACGGCACGGUGGCAGACCUGUUGGAGGAAGCAGGGAAACAACUACAGCUGCCGCAGGACGGGGGGUCGGGCAAGCUCAGGUUACUCGAGGUCAUUAGCAACAAGAUCUUCUGCGUUCAGAAGGAGGACGUCUUACUGGAGUGUCUUAACAGCCAGGGAACCAAGACGUACCGCAUCGAGGAGAUACCGCAGGAGGAGGUCAGCAUCCGGGAGGAGGAGCUCCUCGUCCACUGCGCUCACUUCUCCAAGGAAGUCUUCGCGACGUUCGGCACCCCCUUCAUGGUGAAGAUCCGGCAGGGCGAGGCCUUCGCGACAAUCCGCGGCCAGAUCCAGAAGAAGCUGGAGGUCCCGGAUAAAGAGUUUGAGAAGUAUCAGUUCGCCAUUAUAGUGAUGGGCAGACAGACUUACAUUCCGGAGGAGUACUCGGUGGAACUGAAGGACUUCAUGCCGCAGAUGGUGCCCGGCGGGGCCAUGCAGCCCAAACCCUGGCUCGGCAUCGACCACAUCAACAAAACGGCCAAGAGAUCGCGGCCCUACAUGUACACAGAGAAGGCCAUCAAGAUACACAAUUGAUGACUGUACAGUUAACGUUUGUUAGGGCAGGCCUUGUGGAUAGUCUGGUACCCAGGCGUGUUGGGCCGCACAUGCGUUAAGGGAACAGCAGCGAAAUAAUUGUGCAAGGGCGCACGUGCUUACCACGAGACGGGGGUUAAGGGUUAAAGGUCAUUGUCAGUAUGUCGGGGCGGACGUGCCUCACUUUUGUACCCUUUAACCUUUGACCGACAUGUAAAGGGCAAAGUUGUACAUCUUCAGUGCUGUCCUAAUUUUUCUCAGC